AUGUUUGCACGAUUAAGAAUACCGCGCGUCGGCGCGACCAUCGCCGCCGCCGCCGCCCCGGCGAGGACGACCAUGCAGAUGCAGCAGCGCUCGCUGCACUACGUGCCCCAGCUCGCCCACGACUUCAAGCAGGGCGUCCCGGGCCUGCUCUCGGCCGACGGCUACGACAUGGCGUGGAACCAGUACAUGACGGUCAUUCUGGACAAGCUCAAUGCCCUGAUUGCAGGCACCGACCUCGAGCAGCGCGACGUCAAACAGAUCCUCCUCGCCUCCGCCCAAGACCCCUCGCAAGCCCCCAUCUUCAACCACGCCUCCAUGGCGCACAACACGCACUUUUUCUUCAAGAACAUCACCCCGGACCCGAAACCCAUGCCUGAGUCCCUCGCCGCCGAGCUCACCCACUCCUUCUCCUCCAUCGAGACCCUCCGCCGCGAGAUGAUCCUCACGGCCUCGGCCAUGUUCGGCCCCGGCUUCGUCUGGCUCGUCAAGGCCGGCCACCAGGACUACCGCGUCCUGACGACCUACCUCGCCGGCAGCCCCUACCCGGGCGCCCACUGGCGCCUGCAGGGCACCGACAUGAACACCGUCGGCCUCGGCGGCUCCGCGAACCACUUCUUCCAGCGCAACGCCGCCGCCCAGCGGCCCGGCCAGAAGCCCCCCGGCGCCCUCGAGGCUGUUCCGCUGUUGUGCCUCAACACCUGGGAGCACACGUGGCUGCGCGACUACGGCCUUGGCGUCGGCGGCGUCGGCGGCAAGAAGGCGUUUGCCGAGGCGUGGUGGGAGGUCAUUGACUGGGAGGCGGUCAAGAACACGGCGGACAUUCCUACCCGGCCAAACUUUAUGCGGUAA